AUGUUGAAGCAUUUUUUAAAGGCAGCGAGUCCUCUAGCGCGCAGCGGCGCGAGGAUCGCGGUACCCCAUUUCCCCAGAUCUGCGAUGGGCACAGGACCACUUACGCUCAAAAAUAUUACAGGCAUAUCAUGUACUCAGGGUCUUAAAACCAAACUCCAAUCACCUAGGUUUUUUUCUUCGAGCUCGUUACUCAAUCAGGUUGCGACGACAGUUAAAAAGCAGCCCGCGAAAAGGCUUAUCAACUCGUCAAAACAAGUGGGCUAUUGGCUCAUUGGAACGUCGGGGCUCGUUUUCGGGAUUGUUGUGCUUGGCGGCCUUACAAGGCUUACGGAGUCCGGAUUGAGUAUUACCGAAUGGAGACCUGUGGCAGGAACUUUGCCUCCGAUGAACGAACAAGAAUGGCUAGAGGAGUUCGCCAAGUAUAGAGAAUCUCCGGAAUUCCAGCAACUGAAUUCCCACAUCAACUUAGAAGAAUUCAAGUUCAUCUAUUUCAUGGAAUGGGUUCACAGGUUGUGGGGGCGUGCCAUAGGUGCUGUAUUUGUUUUACCCGCAGUUUACUUUGCCGUUGCCAGGAAAACGUCGCCAAGGGUUAACGGACGCUUGUUUGCCUUGGCUUCGCUCUUGGGCUUACAAGGAUUCAUAGGAUGGUGGAUGGUUAAAUCUGGUCUGGAUAAGGAAGAGUUAAAGGAGCGUAGGUCGAAGCCAACAGUUUCUCAAUACAGACUUACCACACAUCUCACCACGGCGUUCAUGCUAUACCUGGGUAUGCUGUGGACUGGAAUGGAGAUUUUGAAGGAGGCGAAAUGGGUCAAGGACCCUAAGAAGGCACUUGUAGAAAUGGCCAAGUUAGACAAUCCCGCUUUGAAUCCCUUGAGGAAAACUUCGCUAGGUUUGCUAGCUCUGAUUUUUGCAACUGCUAUGAGCGGCGGAAUGGUCGCCGGUUUGGAUGCGGGCCUUAUAUACAACACUUUCCCUCAUAUGGGUGACGACUGGAUCCCUAGCAAAAGAGAACUGUUUGACAAAACUUUUGCAAGGAAAGAAGACUCGAGUGAUCUAUUCUGGAGAAACAUGUUAGAAAACCCUGCGACUGUCCAGCUCAAUCAUAGAAUACUAGCGACAGCGUCAUUUUUGGGUGUAUUUGCGAUGCAUAUGUGGGUCAAUAGACGAAAACAUAUUCUACCCGCGAAUGCUGUGAAGUCCAUGCAUGCCAUGAUGGGCGUCGUCACGUUGCAGGUGACUCUUGGAAUGUUUACCUUGAUUUAUCUGGUACCUAUAUCCUUGGGUUCGUUGCAUCAAGCUGGAGCAAUGGCAUUGUUGACCAAUGCCCUAAUCUUUGCUGCCCAGUUGCGCAAAGCUAGAGUACCCAUGAGAUUCUUAAUAGGUGGUCUUUCAGUCAAGGCGCCACCCAAAGCUGCCAGUACAAUCCUAACAGAGGCUGCCAAGGCUGCCAAAUAA